GAUUGCAGACCGAAAAAUACAAGAAACUUUUGCGGUUUAAAAGCAAACUUCACUUGGAACGAAAAUUCCAAAAGGCAAACCUCAAUUCACUACUCGAGUCUUGAUCAAAUAUGGCAGCAGCAACCCAAAUCCCGGAAGUGGUGCUCGGCUCCUCCGCCGGCCCCAAGAGCAUGCCCGUCCUCGCCUUCGGCACAGCGGCCGACAACAUACAGCCUGACGCGUUGAAAACGGCGGUGAUUGAGGCCAUCAAGCUAGGCUACAGGCAUUUUGAUACAGCUUCCAUAUAUGGCUCCGAGCAGACUCUUGGUGACGCCAUUAAAGAAGCUUUAGAACUUGGCCUUGUUGAUUCCAGAGACAAACUCUUCAUCACUUCAAAGCUGUGGAGUAAUGAUGCUCACCCUGAUCUCGUCCUUCCAGCUCUCAAGAAAUCACUUCAGAAUCUUCAACUGGAGUACCUUGACUUGUAUCUGAUUCACUGGCCUAUCAGUGCCAAGCCAGGAAAAUUGGUGUACCCAUUAGUUGACCUUAUGCCCAUGGACUUCAAAGGGGUGUGGGCAGCCAUGGAAGAAUCUCAAAGACUUGGCCUCACCAAAUCCAUUGGAGUUAGCAACUUCUCUAGCAAAAAGAUUGAAACUUUACUCUCUUUUGCUUCCAUUCCUCCCUCUGUAAAUCAAGUCGAGAUGAGUCCAUUCUGGCAACAGAAGAAGCUGAGAGACUUCUGCAAGGCCAAUGGUAUAGUUGUGACUGCAUUCUCUCCUUUGGGUGGAAUUGGUUCCAGUUGGGGCACCAAUCAUGUUUUGGAAAGCAAAGUGCUUCAGGAUAUAGCAGAGGCUCGGGGAAAGACUAUUGCUCAGGUUUGCAUUAGAUGGGUAUAUCAGGUAGGGACAACUGUAGCUGUGAAGAGCUACAACAAGGAGAGGUUGAAGCAGAAUCUGCAUGUGUUUGACUGGGAGCUAUCAGAAGAUGAUCUUGCCAAGAUCAAUCAAAUCCCACAGAAGAAGAUGAUGCGUAGAGAAGAACUGGUUUCAGCUGAUGGAUCAUCUCCGUACAACUCUGUUGAAGAAUUAUGGGAUGGAGAGAUUUAAGCCCUUCUUACCUUUUUGUGUUUGUGUGCAUCAAAUAAAGGCGCCAGCGUGUGGAUGUGGCUAAGGACUGGUUUGGUAUUGCUGUGUAUUGAAAAAAAAGCUGCUUCUACUGUGCUGUGAGAAUAAGCAGCUGUGAAAUAAAGCAGCAAAGUGUUUGGUAAA